AUGACCAGCGUUCCAUGCGCACACGAUUCCACCAUUUUGUACCGAUUCCCAUCGUCGUCUGGGAGUCCAUCCCCUCCCCCCAUUGUACCAUCGUCGCCCGAUCUGGCGCAUCAAAACCAACCCGGGCCCUCCAACCCCUACCUCGCCCUCCCACCACCUGAAGACGAGAUCCCCGACCUCGACGAACUGCCCUCCGAACAACCACCCUCGCCCCCACCUCACACGCCUGCUCCUACCAUGUCAGGGCAUCACCACAUCACCCUCGCCACCAACCCCUCCUACUUCGAUGGCGACAAGUCCAAGUACCUGGGCUUUGUGGACGCGUGCACCACUUACAUUGGUGCCUAUCGAUCGGAGUUCUCACUGGAUGAAACAAAAAUCCUCUUCGUUCUCUCCUACCUCCGUAAUGAGACCGGCACAAGCUGCGCCGCCUCGAGAUGGGCGAUGAACUGGAAGCAGCACAACUUCGAGGGCUUCCAAGGACUAAAGACGGGAGUCACCACGGAAGAACUUCCUGGAGGAGCUUCAGAGGGCGUUCGGGGACUCCAAUGCGGAACAAACUACAUCUCCGACUUUGAGAUGUUGGCCGCGGAUGCAGGCUACAAUGUGGUCGACACCACCGACGACAAAGGCGAAUACAAGAAGGGGGACCAGGAUAAUAUCCUCAUCGAGUUCCUGGAGCACGGACUCAGCAGCGAGAUCGCCAGCCGUCUCUACAACACUGGUGUCCCUCUGCCCAAGGCCUAUGGAGCGUUCAAAGCCUGGUGCAUCAACAUCGAAGCCAAUGCUCUGCGUGACCAGCUGCGCAAAGCGUCGUAUGGGCACCCCACACAACGACCACCUCCCCAGUUCCGUCCCCAAGCGGCACCAGUGGCGCCCACACCCGCUCCGGCCCGACCCGCUGCCAACAAACCGGUUCCAAUGGAAAUUGAUUGUACCCACGCCCGCGGCCGCAAUAUCAUCUGCUACAACUGUCAGCAGCCUGGGCACAUUGCGCGGAACUGCCCGGAACCAAGGAAGAAGCGCACAUUCUUCAAUCGGGCCACGAUGCUGGAAGAAAUCGAGAACGGGGACAAGGACAACGAGUUCCUCAAGGAGAUCGCCGAGAAGCUGCGCGAGAAGGGUUUUUGA